UAAUUCGUAAUUAAAUAUCUCACACCAAACCAAAGGAAUCACUCAUUCAUCAAAAUGGAAGGGGAUAUGGAGAGCCAAAAUCAGCAAGCACUGGCCGCCGAGAAUCCCAGAACGCCAUUGUUACAGAACGCCGGAAAGGCAACAAAAACGCCGACCCAAAAAGCCAUUAGAAAGACCUUCAAAAAAACAGCCCAUUUAGCCAACCUCCUCCCCACCGGCACCGUCCUCGGCUUCCAAAUCCUGUCCCCCAUUUUCACGCACCAAGGUAACUGCCACACCACCGUCACCCAAACCUCCACCCUCGCCCUCCUCCUCCUCUGUUCCUUGUCCUGUUUUUUCCUCCUCUUCACCGACAGUUUCCGGGACGAACGCGGCAAAGUCCGAUAUGGGGUGGCCACGUUUCAGGGCUUGUGGGUCAUUGAUGCCUCCACCACACUGCCCAAGGAGGAGGCUGCUAAGUAUAGGCUACGGUUUAUUGAUUUUUUUCAUGCCUUUUGUUCUCUGUUGGUGUUUGUAGCUGUUGCUCUGUUUGACGAGAAUGUUGUGAAGUGUUUCUAUCCGACUCCGUCCGAUGAAACAAGGGAGCUUUUGGUUGUGUUGCCUGUCGGAAUUGGUGUGUUGUGCAGCUUCUUGUUCAUUGUUUUUCCUUCUAAACGACAUGGCGUUGGAUUCCCUCUCUCUCGUCAGUAGCAAGCAAUCAAGAGAUACUACAAACAAGUUCUUGUUGAAUUCUUCAAUUUCUCUAAGCUGUUGUAUUCUACCCUCAUUAUUUCGCUUAAUUUAAUUGAAUAUUCGAUGUUCUGUGUCACGUGUUGUUCGUUUACAUUAAAAAAAUGGUCUCUUCAGAGCUUCUCGUUAAGGUUUUAAA